ACUUGAAAAAAUGGAGUUGUAUCAAAAAUAGACGAGAUGAAAGUCGGAAAUUUUUAGCUCAGUCACCUGAUGACUAGGAUUAUUCCUUGGAUAAAUUCCAGUUAGUGUCAUGUGCUGAAUAACAUAGAGAUAAAGACGAGAAAAUCGUUGAUAAGUGAUUGUCAUUGUUAUCUCUUACUCGGAACCAGGGAUCCCAGAUCUUCUGAUUUUGACAGAAAAUUUCUGAUUUUUGAAGUUUUCUCUGUCUCGUUUCUAAUCUUCCGAUUUUUUUUCUCAUUUUAUGUAGAUCUGAACUGAAUUUUGGCUUAUAGCGCAUGUAUCGUUUCACAUUCAUAUCGUUUCUGUUUCGAUAGUAGGCACUAGACAAUAAUAUCCCAAUAGUCCGUUAUAAGUCUUUCUUGUAUAGAUCCUUAUCCUAGAAACUGCUCAUUCUCCAAUCUAUUACAGUAGUCCGUGAGCUUAGACGUACUUUGUACAUACGAGCGCUCGAGAACCAUAUCACCGACAAAAAAAAAUUAAAGUUCAUUUAGAGUUAAAGAAAAGUGCUUUCUCGUAUUCAGCACACUUGAUAAUCCGGAAAAUUUUCUAUUCUUCGCGAGGGGUACCGCCAAAAAGUUAAGAAAAAUUUUUAAAAUUGUUUAAUUUUAUCAUGGGGAUUUUUCUACGUCAAUUUGUUUGAAAAAUUUUCUUAACUUUUUGGCUGUACCCCUCACUAAAAAUAGAAAAUUUUUCAGGUUAUCAAGUGUGCUAAAUACGGAAAAGCACUUUUCUUUAACUCUAAACAAACUUUAAUUUUGUUUUAUCGAUGAUAUGCUGGGAAAAAUUCUGACGUUUUCUGUAUUUUGUUUCUACUCAGAGAAUAACUUAACAGAAGAAACAUUUCCCAGCACGGGAAGAACUGGUAAGUUUUAAAGUUGUCUGAAACGGAUUGUUUUUGAGAAUGUCUAUCUCAGAUGCAUGAACAUCUGCUAUAGUAGUAAUUCAAAUUCAUUUAAAUUUACGUUUUGCCCAGCAAAACUUUAGCACAACAGUUUAGCAUUGAUGUGUUAUGAUAACACACACCGUCCCUUCCCGCAUUCCGUACUUGAUGUUUAGCUUCUUUUACAAACUUUGUUUCAUUGUACUUCAUGUAGUAAUUUCUUUAUAUUCUUGCGCUUAAUUGCGUAUUAAUUUGCUCUUUUUAUGUAUGCAGAAAACGAAGAAUGAUUUGUAUUUUAAUAUUUAUCACACAGUAUAAUACAUUUUCUAUCGCUUUAAAAAAAAUAUUAUAAAAAUAAUAUUUAUUCAAGUGUAUCUUCUAUAGAGCAUAAGCGUUUCUUUUGCAGCGUACCAACGUUCUGCAUACUGCAUUGUUUCAAAUAGUUAUGUAUCGUCAAUUUGUUCUUUGCCUUUUUCUUCUGUGUAUUAUUCGUAAAACAACGUCAUUUAUUUGCUUAAGUUCAAAGACAAAUCCCGGUGUUCAUAUACCAAAAGACUUUGGUCCACAUACAAAUAAUUUUGGAUCAGAAUGGACUUAUUUAACGGGAAAUUUUAAAUCUCAAACAAAUUCUAUUAUACAUUCAACAAUAAAUUUAUGUGAAGAGAAACAUUUAAAAUUUAGUUUUUUCAUAGCAGUAUUCUAUGAUACUAUUGGCAAAAAUCAUGUCGUUAAUUUUGGUCUGACGGUUAUUUCACAGAAAUUUCAUUAUAAUCAGACAGAUAUUAGCCCUCAUGGUGAAAUAUCAAAUGUAAAGAAAGGCCAAUUGUGGAAAAGCACAUUUUCUGGUGAAAUAAUAACAUUUAGUGUUUCGCAAAUAAAUCCAACGCAGACAUUAGGCUCAAUUGGUACACAAUAUUUAUUACAAAUAAAUGAUAAGAGUUCCAAUAUUAGUAUUAGUUUAUUAGGUAUGGAUCAGGCUGGUGUCCUGUAUCAUGGUAUUCAUGGGUUUUUUCAAGGACCAAGUAACUGUUCUGGUUAUGAAUAUUUUUCAUUACCACAUUUAUUGUCAGCUGGUACAAUUAUUUAUCAAAAACAAGUGUAUUCAGUUAGCGGUAUACUAUGGUUAGAUCGCCAAUAUGGGAACGCACCAUCAUUUAAUGGAUGGUAUUGGUAUGGUUUGCAGAUUGAUGAUGUAUCAAUGUCUGUUUACACAUUUCAUACUGAAAAUAAUACUAUUUUACAAGAUUUAACUGCUGUGAAUAUUCUAUCAAUACAUAAACCAACAACAAAAACAUUAAAAGGUUCGAACGUAAAAAUUAAGAUUAGAUCAACAUGGAAAUCUCCUCAAACAUCAAUUUUUUAUCCAACAUCAGUUGAAAUUCAUAUACCUCAUUUCGGUACUAUUACAACAGAACCAUUUAUUAAAAAUCAAGAGUUUGUGUCAAAUUUACAUGGGUGGCCACUUUAUUAUGAAGGAUUUGUUCAUAUAAAAUUAUCCAAUAUUGGAUAUAAAGCAAAACAAACAUUCAGAAAGAAAUUUUUGUUACAGCAUCAAGGAAACAAUGAAAUAAAUGGCUAUGGAUUUCAAGAAUUAACAGAUUUUAAUAAAAACAAUUUAAUUUAA